AUGUCGAUUGAAAACUUGCUCCCGCUAGAGUUCACGGGCAAGUUGGUUGGUUUUGAUGACUACGUCAACAUGGUCCUGGAGGAUGUGACUGAAAUGUACAGGCAGCCUUUGAUUGCUAUAAACAUGGAUUUUGUAACUAACGCGGACGGCAGUGACCCGGCCGAAGGCAACAUAAAAUUGCCCAAGAUUCUUCUCAACGGAAACAACAUUUGCAUGAUGGUUCCAGGAGGAGAUGGCACGACAGUACUGGAGGACGAGUAG